UCAAUUUGUCAACUGCCGUGUUCACACGUUUACAUUUUGUUCACACCACUCAUCUUUCUAUGUAUAUGAAAACCUCUUCUCCUUCUCCACACUCCAACUCCUCCUCCUCCUUCUCCUUCUCCUUCUCCUUCUCCUUCUCCUUCUCUCCCAAAUGAAACGCCAAAAGAAAGAUCCCCGCCAUGGCGCCCAAGACUCGGAUACCAAAACCAAACAUUUGAAAGGUAUCAUCACUUCCUUGCUCCUUUUAGAAGACCAAGACAAGUGCGAUAGAGACGAACAACACGCCGACUCAUGGCAACGCGCUUCGCAAAUCGAUUCAACUCACACCAAACAAACCAAAACCAUGCUUCAAUACUACUCCAAUCUCCACGACUACUACCACGAAAUCGACGAAUCUGACCGUAUUACUCGAAAGAAAUCGCGCUCCGCCGCCAACGCCGUCGCCGUCGCCGUCGCCGUCGCCGCGGUCUCCGAAACCGAAAAAUCCGCGGCGAAACAAGUCGGGUCCGGGUCGGGCCAACACAGGAGGUUAUGGGUCAAAGAUAGGUCGAAAGCUUGGUGGGAUGAUUGUAACAGAGAGGAUUAUCCGGAAGAGGAAUUCAAGAAGGCGUUUAGAAUGAGUAGGUCUACUUUUGAUAUGAUAUGCGAGGAGUUGAAUUCCGCCAUUGCUAAGGAAGAUACUGCGCUCCGUAACGCGAUUCCUGUGCGGCAAAGAGUCGCUGUUUGCGUAUGGAGGUUAGCUACUGGUGAGCCGCUGAGACUUGUUUCGAAGAGAUUCGGGUUAGGAAUUUCAACUUGUCAUAAACUGGUUUUGGAGGUUUGUUCCGCCAUUAAAACUGUGUUGAUGCCAAAGUAUCUACAAUGGCCGGAUGAGGAUUCAUUGAGGAAAAUCAAAGAGAAAUUCGAAUCUAUUUCGGGUAUACCUAAUGUCGUUGGUUCAAUGUACACGACUCAUAUCCCCAUUAUAGCUCCAAAGAUCAGUGUAGCAGCUUAUUUCAACAAGAGACACACAGAGAGGAACCAGAAAACAUCAUAUUCCAUAACAGUUCAAGGUGUAGUUGACCCAAAAGGUGUACUUACAGAUGUAUGCAUAGGGUGGCCUGGUUCGAUGUCGGAUGAUCAAGUGCUGGAGAAGUCUGCUUUGUAUCAGAGAGCUAAUGGUGGUUUAUUAAAGGGUGUUUGGAUUGUAGGAAAUAGUGGGUAUCCUUUAAUGGAUUGGGUUCUGGUACCUUACACUCAGCAACAUUUGACAUGGACUCAACAUGCUUUCAACGAGAAGAUUAGUGAGAUUCAGAGAGUGGGUAAAGAUGCUUUUGCUAGAUUAAAAGGAAGAUGGUGUUGUUUGCAGAAGAGGACUGAGGUGAAGUUGCAGGAUUUGCCUGUAGUUCUUGGGGCCUGCUGUGUGUUGCAUAAUAUCUGUGAGCUUAGAAAUGAAGCCAUGGAUUCUGAUUUGAGGUUUGAGCUUGUUGACGAUGAGAUGAUACCUGAAUCGCCUCUGAGAUCAACUAAUUCCAUGAAAGCUAGAGAUGCAAUUGCUCAUAAUCUCUUGCACCAUGGUUUAGCUGGCACUGCUUUCCUCUGAUUAUUGUUUGACAUUCUUUUCUUCUUCUUUUCGUAUUUCAUUCAUCCUAAUUUCUGUUCGAACAGAUGAUCCCCAUACAUAUAUACCUAAUUACUUUACACAAUAUUUCUUGUUAUAAACCUCAAACUAUCAACCCAAGAAAUAAAUUAAUUCAAACCAUUUUCA